AUGAUCUCCAAGUACCGAAGCGCAGCUCUGAUCAUCACCGCUUGCGGUAUUUCUCAUGGUUUCAUCCCAACUCCAAAGCCGAAUGGAGCGCUGAAGGUUCGAAACGAUUGCACAGCUCCGUGUGGCUAUUACAAUCAAUGGUUCACGCAAGAAUGCUGCAGUGACAAUUCAGUGUGCAUCACAGAUGCAUUCACCUCGGCAAAUAGUGCAAACCAGCACUGUGACAGCGACUCAGCAAAUCCGAACAAGUCCGUCGCCAACAUCAAAAUCAAUCACAUCAACGACAUCGGCGUCCGAGGCAGCGUCUGGAACACCAACAACAAGUUCGUCGACGCUGGAGCCUCGUCAGGAUACCAGUGA